AUGGUUGAGAUACCCGUCAUAGUCACACCUCCAGACUGCCAUCCGUUCACAAACAUACCAGAUAACGGAGACCAGCCUGGCAUUCUACCGGGAGAUCCUGAUUUUUCUCCCGUCGCCCACGAGGUGAAAUUCACCAGCCCCCCGAUGACAGCGGCACCAGUCCCUGUCGUCGCCAUGGUGUCAGAAGGCACCCAAACCGAAUCACCAAAUCACACACCGGGACCAGAGGCUUCGCCUGUCAGGACGUUUAGCCCAUGCAAUCCCCUGAGCCCAACUCGCUCCCACUCCGACUCCAAACCUCACUUUCCUCCCUUCCCACCGUGGAGGGAGCUCCGUCACCGCAUAUACGGCCCCCAUCCGGUUCACCCUGGAUCGGCCGUCGUCAACGAGGGAAAAGUCGAGGGCUACCUCUCGCCUCCCGAAGAGCCGCCCAAAUGCCCCAUGACGCCACAGGCCGACCUCUACGACGGCCAGUCACCGUCCACGUUUGGCAUGCAGUUUGACCGGCCGUCCAAAACAUAUUGGCGCCGCAACUCCAAGCCGGCCACGUGUGCCCAGAACUACGAGGACCACAAGCACCGCAUGCUCAUGGAGUGGCUCGAAAGGAGGAACUCCGUGUGA